AUGACGCGCUCAGUCAAUUGUGUUUGCAUCGCCCAGUCCUCGUCUCAAUUCCUCGCUACACCAAUCUUCUCUUGUCAUUACUCCCCGUCAGACUUUUUAUUUGCGAUUACCUCUACAUACCCCCUACCGAUCCAUCUCACUAUACACCCGAGCUCUAAAAUGUCCCUCAAGCGGAAAGCUUCGUUCACUCUCCCGACCAGUCCCUCAGUUCCGGCCCCCAGUGAAUGGGGCAUGAUGAUCGAUGGGAGCACACAUCUUCACAGUCGGACGCGAAAGCGCUUCAGAAACGAUCGUCCCAGUGACGAAGUGAUUUACCAGAACACCCUUCGAUGGAUAUUCUCCGCCCAAAGGCAGCAGACAUCUACACAGACCACCGAUAUGGAUACAAUGGACUCAGAGCCGACUCUCGAAACACCAGAAGCCAUUGACCCCCGACAGCAAACACUACACCGAUUCUUCCAACAGAAACCCCAGCAAUCAUCGUCUUUCCGACCUUCGCGUCAAGCGCUUGCACCUCGUGCAAAUGAGACUGCGCUCACCCAGGAGGACGUCGUGCGUCUCCAGGCGUUUAAUCAAAUGAGUUCCGGAGACAGCUCGAGCGAGAGCAACAGUCCCGAAUCCAACCAGACGGGUGGUGAUCUGGACGUGGAUAUGGACAUGGAUAUGGACGUGGAUGGCAAAAGAGGUAGUGAUGGAUUGGAUCAAGCGCCCAAGAACUGGGUAGGAGGAAUGGCCUGGAUGUAA